CGGACUGACAACCUUCCCAGCCAAAUUAGCAGAUCCCUCCAUUCAAAGCCUGUCAGGCUACUAAAAUAACCACUGAUGUGGCGAUCAGCAAUAUCAAUUCCUACAGUUGGACUCUUGGGAGACCGGGGAAACACCGUGAUGGAGUCCACCCGCUCCUGUAACCCCGCAGCAAUCGGUCUGAUGGCCGAUCCAGCCGAUAUAGGACAUCUGGGCGAGAAUAACUCCUCAUGGUUUACCUAGUAGGCUAUAUUUUGCCGGUUGAAUAUAUAAGCCGACUCGAGUCCAGUGCUCUCUCAUUGCUGAUUGAUCUAUCUGAUAACCAUAUACCAAAAUCUGCUACAAUAUCAACAUGGCUCAAACAUUCAAUAUCCUCAUUCUAGCUGGAGAUGGCAUAGGCCCAGAAGUUAUGACCGAAGCAGUCAAGGUGCUCAAAGCCUUCGAGACUCCUCAAUGCCAGUUUAACCUUCGUAAUGAGCUCAUCGGGGGAUGCAGUAUCGAUGCGCACGGCACGACUGUCACGGAGGCAGUGAAAGAAGCAGCUCUAGCCUCGGAUGCAGUUCUGUUCGCUGCGGUGGGUGGACCGAAAUGGGAUAAUGCUCGUCGAGGACUUGAUGGACCGGAAGGCGGUCUUUUGCAACUGAGAAAGGCGAUGGAUAUCUAUGCCAAUUUGAGACCUUGCUCGGCUAGCUCGCCCAGUAGGUCUAUUGCGCAGGAGUUUAGCCCGUUCAGACAGGAUGUCAUUGAAGGAGUGGACUUUGUUGUCGUACGAGAGAAUUGUGGAGGAGCCUAUUUUGGGAAGAAGAUUGAGAAUGAAGACUACGCAAUGGACGAAUGGGGAUACUCCGAAGCCGAAAUCCAGCGCAUCACUCGUCUUUCAGCAGAGAUCGCUCUUCGUCACGAUCCGCCAUGGCCUGUUAUCUCCCUCGACAAAGCAAACGUUCUAGCCAACUCCCGUCUAUGGCGUCGAGUCGUCGAAAAGACCAUGACAACCGAAUAUCCCCAAGUGAAACUCGUGCACCAGCUGGCUGAUUCGGCAUCCUUGAUCCUUGCGACCAACCCUCGCGCCCUCAACGGUGUUAUAUUGAGUGACAAUACUUUCGGAGACUUGAUUUCUGACCAAGCCGGCUCAAUAGUGGGUACAUUGGGUGUGUUGCCUAGCGCCAGUUUGAAUGGAUUGCCAGGAGAUUCAUCCGUUGCUCGUCCGUACGGGUUGUAUGAACCGACUCAUGGAUCUGCACCAACCAUUGCCGGCAAGAACAUCGCCAAUCCCGUUGCCAUGAUCCUCUGCGUGGCCAUGAUGUUCCGGUACUCGCUAAACAUGGAGGCAGAAGCUCAACGGGUGGAAAACGCAGUACGAACGGUUUUGGACUCGGGAAUCCGCACGCCGGAUCUGGGAGGAAAGGCAGGUACGGACGAGGUGGGUGACGCUAUUGUUGCUGCUUUGCGGGGUUGAGCUCGCGGUAUCUGUAAUUUAUGUCAAAUGAUUUAGUUUUCAGCACUCAUUGAGCAGCAUUGAAUUCAUAAUAUGGCCAGUUUGGCUCUCUUUCUCAUUUUGAGACGAGCUGAGCAAUACUCCCUUGGACUCUAUCUCUGUAGGCAAUCGUUGCCUCCUUCGAUCAUAUCCCUGCCUCGAUGGGACGUUUGUUGAUCCAAUCACCACUCAAAGGUCCAAAACACGGGUGUGAAGGCACAUUAUACGCAGCUACUCAGCUAAUGCCUCAAUGGCAUGGACGAGAGAAUCACAUCGACUUGUCCCAUACCCCACGACUUCAAUUGCCGCGGUAUCCUCGCUGAUCCUUUUUUGGGUUUGAGAAGCU